UCAAUCAACCCCGCGUAAAUUAGUGCGGCGGAAUGGGGCUUUAGGAGCAAACGGUGUAUUUUGAAGUCGUUUAGACAACAAAACAACCACCCCAGGGGCAUUUGGAGGGGCAGGAGAACCGUAGCUAUUCCCCAGUUAAGACCGCAAACUGCCCCCUGGCCUUGCUGCACACACCCCGGGGAAUUAGCUGGGUUAAAAGCUCCGUGUUGUUUUUCUGUGAGGCGGCGGAGCUGCGGCUCAGGAGGACGGUCGCCUCGGUCAGCCGGUGUAGUGGAUAACGUAUCAGGCCUCUGCUGGGGCCUGGGCUCGUCUUCAUGUGCCUCCAUCCUCACCCUCUCUGAGUCUCACAGUCCAGUAGAAGCAGUGUCCUCGCCUGUAGGCCGCUGGAGUCAUGGGGAACCGGGGUAUGGAGGACCUGAUCCCGCUGGUCAACCGGCUGCAGGAUGCCUUCAGCUCUAUCGGCCAGAGCUGCAACCUCGACCUGCCGCAGAUCGCUGUGGUGGGCGGGCAGAGCGCCGGCAAGAGCUCCGUGCUGGAGAACUUUGUUGGAAAGGAUUUUCUGCCUCGUGGAUCUGGCAUCGUCACCCGCAGGCCUCUGGUGCUGCAGCUCAUCAACGCUAACGCAGAAUGGGCGGAGUUUCUUCACCUCAAAGGGAAGAAGUUCACAGAAUUUGAUGAGGUGCGCCAGGAGAUCGAGGCUGAGACGGACCGCGUCACUGGAGCCAACAAGGGCAUCUCCCCCGUCCCCAUCAACCUGAGGGUGUAUUCUCCACACGUGCUGAAUCUGACUCUGAUCGACCUGCCGGGCAUCACGAAGGUGCCCGUGGGGGACCAGCCUGCCGACAUCGAGCAGCAGAUCCGGGACAUGAUCAUGCAGUUCAUCUGCAGAGAGAGCUGCCUCAUCCUGGCUGUAACACCUGCCAACACCGACCUGGCCAACUCUGACGCCCUCAAACUGGCUAAAGACGUGGACCCUCAGGGUAUGAGGACGAUCGGUGUGAUCACUAAACUGGACCUGAUGGACGAGGGUACGGACGCUAGAGAUGUUCUGGAGAACAAGCUGCUUCCACUGCGCAGGGGUUAUAUUGGCGUGGUGAACCGCAGUCAGAAGGACAUUGAAGGAAAGAAGGAUAUUAAAGCAGCUCUGGCUGCAGAGAGGAAGUUCUUCCUGUCUCAUCCUUCCUACAGGCACCUCGCUGACAGCAUGGGCACACCGUACCUGCAGAAAGCCCUCAACCAGCAACUGACCAAUCACAUCCGGGACACGCUGCCUGCGUUCCGCAGUAAGCUGCAGUCCCAGGUCCUCGCCCUGGACAAGGAGGCUGAGGAGUACCGUCACUUCCGUCCUGACGACCCGUCCCGCAAGACCAAGGCCCUGCUGCAGAUGGUGCAGCAGUUCUCGGUGGACUUUGAGAAGCGGAUCGAGGGGUCGGGGGAUCAGGUGGACACUGUUGAGCUGUCAGGAGGAGCCAAGAUCAACCGCAUCUUCCAUGAGCGCUUCCCCUUCGAGCUGGUUAAGAUGGAGAGUGAUGAUAAAGAGAUGCGUCGGGAAAUCAGCUAUGCCAUCAAAAACAUUCAUGGCAUCAGGACAGGCCUGUUCACCCCGGACAUGGCCUUCGAGGCUAUAGUGAAGAAACAGGUGGUGAAGCUGAAGGAACCCUGCAUUAAAUGUAUUGAUCUGGUGAUUCAGGAGCUUAUCAACACAGUCCGUCAGUGCGCGAAUAAGCUGGCUACAUUCCCCAUGCUGAGGGAGGAGACAGAGCGAAUUGUCACCUCUCACAUCCGCGACCGUGAGAGCCGUGCCAAAGACCAGAUUCUGUUGCUGAUUGAUGUCCAGCUUGCAUACAUCAACACCAACCAUGAGGAUUUCAUUGGCUUUGCCAAUGCACAGCAGCGGAGCAGCCAGGCCAACAAGACCAGUUCUGCUGGAAACCAGGUUAUCCGCAAGGGCUGGCUGACCAUCAACAACAUCAGCAUCAUGAAAGGCGGAGCUAAGGAGUACUGGUUUGUGCUGACGGCUGAGAGCCUGUCCUGGUUUAAGGAUGAUGAGGAGAAAGAGAAGAAGUACAUGCUGCCCCUCGACAACCUGAAGGUCAGAGAUGUGGAGAAAAGCUUCAUGUCCAGCAAGCACAUGUUCGCCAUCUUCAAUACAGAGCAACGAAACGUCUUCAAGGAUAAUCGCUUCCUGGAGCUGGCCUGCAACACCCAGGAGGAGGUGGACAGCUGGAGAGCAUCCCUCCUGCGUGCUGGAGUUUAUCCUGAGAAAUCUUCAGUGGAGAGUGAGAGCUCUGGCACCACAGAGAACUUCUCUAUGGAUCCUCAGCUGGAGAGGAAGGUGGAGACCAUCCGGAACCUGGUGGACUCCUACAUGGCCAUUGUCAACAAGUGCAUACGGGACCUCAUGCCCAAGACCAUUAUGCACCUUAUGAUCAACAAUGUGAAGGACUUCAUUAAUGCGGAGCUGCUGGCUCAGCUUUACUCUGCUGGGGAUCAGAACGCUCUGAUGGACGAGUCUCAGGAGCAGGUGCAGCGCAGGGACGAGGUGCUGCGUACCCACCAUGCCCUGAAGGAGGCGCUGGCCAUCAUCGGGGACAUCUCCACCACCACUAUUUCCACUCCACUGCCUCCACCUGUGGACAGCUCCUGGCUGCAGGCCGGUCAGGGAGGCGGCCGAAGGUCACCCCCACCCAGUCCGACUGCACCGCGCCGGAUGUCCGCGGGUCAGAGACCUGCAGGCCGGGGGGCUCCUCCACCUCCGUCCCGCCCGGGACCUCUGGGACCCUUCAACAACAGCGGCGACAGCCCCCAGGUGCCCAACCGCCCCAACAGGGCUCCGCCCAGCAUUCCCAGGCACCCUUUCCAACAUGGCCUUUGCUCGGAGCAGACAAAUCCUGACCCACAUAAUCAGCCCCAGACCACACAGGACAUCACAGAACAGCUCACGGACGAGCCCACAGAGAAACAGACAAACGACGAGGUCGUCUCUGUGGAUGCACCUCUCCUUCACACUCCAGAACUCAGAAUCCAGACAGAUACAGCUCCAGUAGAUGAGCUACAGACACAGGAAGCUGUGCAGGAGGAGAAAACAGAAAAGGAAUUGCAGGUGGAUGGGACCAUAUCAGAAUCUGGCUUUACUUCAGAGGCUUCAGAACCUGAGCACGAAUCAGACCAACCAGGACCAGAGUCUUCCAUUCCUCAGAGUCAGAUCACAGACCUCUCUCCACUCCCUGCUCUAACGUCUAGUCACCCACUACCGCUCUCUGAAGACCUGUCCUCCAGCCCUACUGUCUUACCUGGACCAGCUUCCUGCAGCCUUGGCGAUGGUUCCUGCGCCUCUGUUGCCAUCACUGCUGUCUCCCCCACCGCCGCCUGUGAGGCAGAAGAUAGCCCUCCAUAUGACGUGGACCUUGGAAGUGGUCUUCCCCCAGAGUUGGAGAACACCAGCACCGCAGGGACAGGGAAAGGUACGAAGGCUAGUAGUAUCCACACAGGGAACAAAGGAACGAACGCUUCCACCAUGCUGAAAGAGCAGAGCGUCCACGUCACCCCAGAAACAGAUCCGUCUGUUCCCCACAAAGACCCAGAAGACAUUCCUACUUUUGACGAGUGGAAGAAGAAAAUGAUGGAGGAGGAGAAUGAGAAAAGUCAGACCACACACACGUCCUGUAACGGGGGCUCCAGCACUGUGAAGAAAGUACAGAAAACAACAAACUACGCCUCGGUGGAAUGUGGGGCUAAGAUCCUGUCCUCUAAUCCAGAGGCAAAGAGCACUUCUGCAAUCCUGAUGGAGAACAUGGACAUGUAUAUGCUGAAUCCCUGCAGCAACAAGAUAUGGUUUAUCAUUGAGUUGUGUCAGCCCAUUCAGGUGAAGCAGCUGGACAUCGCCAACUUUGAGCUCUUCUCUUCAACCCCCAAAGACUUCCUGGUGUCCAUCAGUGACAGAUACCCAACCAACAAAUGGGCCAAGCUCGGGACGUUUCACGCUCGUGAUGAACGAACAGUUCAGAGUUUUCCACUGGACGAGCAUUUAUACGCUAAAUAUGUGAAGAUGUUCACCAAGUACAUUAAGGUGGAGCUGCUGUCACACUUUGGGUCUGAGCACUUUUGUCCUCUCAGUCUGAUCAGGGUUUUUGGGACGAGUAUGAUGGAGGAGUAUGAAUUAAAUUCAGAGCCUUCUGAAAGACUCAACUUUGAAGAUGAGGAUUACGAUUAUCGUCCUGGAUAUUUGCCAUCAGAUGACAAAUCUUCAAAGAAUCUGAUUGGGUCUGCCAAAGAUGUUAUAAUUAAUAUGGUGAACAACAUCGCUGCCAAUGUGUUGGGUGGAAAUCCAGAAGAUGCAGCUAGGAGUGGAGGCAAUUAUUCCUCCCUGAAUCUAAAUUUAACAGAAACCUCAGGAGCUCCUCAGACAGUUCCUCCAACCACCUCCUACAUUGUAUCCGAGACCCUUGACCAGGACCAGUCUGACUCAGAUAAAACCACAAAGACGUUGACACCAAUCACCACACAAGAAACAACAGCAGUGGAUGUAGACCAAACAGUACCUUUACCCACAUCAUCUCUAACAGAGGCUCCUUCAGCAACACUGCCCGCACCAGAGUCUCUUGCCCCGACUCCCCCUGAUGAAGAACAGAUAGUCACUCUAUUGCCCAAGGAGGAGGAGGACGCUGAAGAUCUGAACCAAUCAAAAUCCUCCAGCUCCGUACUAAAGGAGGAAGAGCAGAAAGUAAAGGCAGACCAGGAUCAGAAGAACUCUGAACUGAGGGAGAGGAUGAACUGCUAUGAACAGUCUCCCAAUUCCUGCUUUUGCGCUGAUUCUCUUAAAGAGUAUCUCCUGCAGACCUGCCUUUCACUGCCGUCUCUACAGACAAAAACAGCAGAAGAAAAGACGACAACUACGCAGAGUAAGAUACUACAAGAGUCACAAUCUCAGCUUAAAACUUCACAGGAAACCCAGGCUACAUUUCCAAUUCCAGUGAUUACACCAUCUCUCACAGAAACAUCCCCCACUCAGACAGUGGAGACCUCUUCUUCUGUUCUGGAAGAGUCCACCACAGAGGUUUUAGUUCCUGUUUCACCAGAGAGCGAAAAGAUCCCUGAAUCUGAAGCUCGAUCUCUGGAACUUGAGCCAAGCCUUUCCUCAGCCCUCCCAAAACCUACUGCCACAGAUGCUCUUUCCUCUAGAGCCACCAGUGCUGUAGACUUUCUUGACCUCUCUGUAAUAAAGCCACCUCAGAUCACACUCCCUCUACCUGAAAAAACUAAGGAGAAACAAGUGGAAGUCAAGAAGACUCCAGUCCUCACUUCCCACUUAGAAUCAGCAUCUACUCCAGUUUUAAAGACCAAAAACGAGGAAGAAGAUCCUGACCAGAAAUCUGCACCUGCAGUAGAGAAACCCACCACAGUAAAGGAUAGUUUGCCCCCUGGUGGGAUGUCCAGCACUGAGGAAUUAGCAACACUUACCGGUACAUCCCAGUCCACCCCAACAGAACAGUCUAUUCCCCAACCAACCAAAACCAGAACAGAAGCCCCUGCUGGCACGCUGACAUCUACACCUGUAACAGAACCAUUAGAGGGGACAGCGGUUGCAGCAGAGCCCAAAGCUGAGGAGCUGCUUGAGGAAGUUGUUCUGGGUGGGCAUGGUGGUGGUAAUGGACAGUCCGGGCAGCCCUCUCCAUCAGACUUCUAUGCCGAGUUGCCAGGUUCUACAGAUGCACCGAUCCAUGGGUCCAACCAGAAGGAGUCGGUUUUCAUGAGGCUCAACAACCGGAUCAAAGCUCUGGAGGUGAACAUGUCGCUCAGCGGGCGAUACCUGGAGCAGCUCAGCCAGAGGUAUCGGAAGCAGAUGGAGGAGAUGCAGAAGGCUUUCAACAAAACAAUCAUUAAACUCCAGAACACUUCUAGAAUUGCUGAAGAACAGGACCAGAAACAGACAGAGUCUAUUCAGGUAUUGCAGGGGCAGCUGGAAAACAUGACUCAGCUCGUUCUUAACCUGUCGCUGCGAGUGAGCCAGCUACAGAGCGAGGUCUCUGACAGGCACGCCUACCUGCUGUUUUGUUUGGCCCUCUGCUUUCUCCUCGCCCUGACUGUCUGCAUCAACUUCUGCCGCAUGUCGGCCGAGACGCCCUCAGCAGAACCUGAUGCAUCCAUCCCGAAGACCUACAGCUACUGCUGCCCUGAGGGCGCUUCAUUGGGUUAUGAAGACGUGAGUUUAAAGCGGAGAGCAUCGUAUCCCUUAUCACAAUCAUCACUGCAAAUACCAACUACUGAAGGUCCAAAUGAAGCAUACAAUGUGGAAACUCAAAGAAAUACGGCUGGAAAUAAUAAAAAGCAGAAGAAGCGAUGUAAAAUGAAAUCCAACGUAAAACCAGAGACGCUAACUCCAGCUGCACUUCCCGUCUCUUCAAUUCCAAAUGGGAGGCCGCAGAGUUACAGCCUCCCUCUCCAGAGCUUGGACUCAAAACUUUUGUGUGGUGGAUCUGGUCCAUCUCUCUUCACCUUCAGAGACCCUCCAUCUGAAGGCAGCUCCGAGGCCUCGUCCCAUUCAGACGAGCCGUCGUUCUGCGGCAUUUCCACCUGUAGCCGCCUGUGUGAGGGUCUGCCUCCUCCAAAGAGCCGUUCAGAGAAAAGAGCCUUCAGACGACGGCGCUCCAGGCCUAACUGCACUGUGGUCCAGCAGCUGCUUCAGCCUGUAGAGAGCAGCAUCCCACCAGUGCAACCUGGACCCAUGCAGGGAUUUAUCAAGACCACCACAGAACUCAGUGCAGGCAGGGUUGGGGUCACCACCAUCUCUGGGCUGACUUAAAAGAACAGUUGUGACUGAAACUCGCUAACGCUGCUGAUACCUGUAGGUACUGCUGACCGGUAAAUUUUAGCACUUGUUUUGGUCGACUUAUUCCUUUAACUCUUAUCGUAACUUCAUAUAAAUCCUGUGGAUGUAUGAAAACUGCCUGCGAUUGUGGGAGACUUACGGACUCUGAGACAAUCAUCCACUCUUGUGCAAAGCACAGAGGGAUUAGUCAAAGCUGAAAGCACGACUCAAACAUGAUCAUGUCCCGCUGCACUGCUGCUGUAAAAGAAUAAUAAUUUGCACAGUUUUAAUCUGGUAACAACAGAUAACACUUAUGCUUUACUCAGUGAUUUUUACAAUUGUCUGAAUUUCAAUACUAGGCUUUUGAAGCAGUUGGAAAGAACAUUGUUGGACUGAACAUUAUUUUUGAUAAAAUGAAUGAAUUCACUUUCAUACCCUAAA